GAACUUUGGAGUGGAAGAAAUGUUCUGCUAAAUGUAAAUUUAUAUCUUUAGAUAUGCCUGAUGAAAAUGGGUAUUCUUAUUAUCUUUUGCACAUUGGACACCAUGAACAUCAACAUUGCAUUCAAAAUAAACCAUUUAACAAUGAAAAAGAGCAAUUACAAAAAUGUGUUUGCUCAGCACCAGAGACAUUACCAUGA